AUGUAAUCUUACGAGAAAGCAUUAUUUAAUGUACAAGUGAUAAGAAAGCACUUCUUCAAAGAUAGGGCUUACCAAUUAUAUUUAUUUGCUGAUGAAUUAGUGAUGACAGAUGUAACAUGAUCAUCAAAUUAGGAUCCGACCAAAAGUCCAAAAUACAUUUUGAAAACGAAUUUAACAACUACGAUAAAGUGGAUCUGCGAAGACAAAAGGAUAGUGGCUUUUGAAUUUUCUUAUAACGGAAGGCCUAAGGAAGUGUAUGGGCCCAAAUUGAAUCUUCUGAAGGAGAUGCUAGCUGGAAAAGUGUUUUUCAGUCCUGUGUCUUAAUUCUAUUAAUUUCAUAUGGAAAUAGGGAGUGGGAUGACAGGAUCUGUCUAUAGGUGCAUAUCGAUUGAAAACAAUGAAAACUAUUUUGCUAUAAAGAAAGUAGAUAAGAUAAAAAUAACCUAAAAUGAUGGAGCAAUAGUAUUGAUUUCUCAAAUAAUAGCCUCAACUAAUUCAUGAGCUCAGCUUGUUGAACCAAUUACAGCACCCGAGUAUUGUAAAAUUGAAAGAAACAUACGUCGACGAUCAAAAUUAUUAUAUAGUAAUGGAGUACAUAAAUGGAAAGACUUUAUAUGCAGAAUUGUAGAGCAGACAUUAUGGACUCUCAGUUAAUGAAACGAUUAAGAUAAUGAAAGUAUAGUUUGAUUGGAUUCUUAGGAAUUGUUGGAAGCAAUCAUUUACAUACACAACAAGGGAAUAAUGCACAGAGAUAUAAACCCUUUGAAUAUAAUGAAGGCAGAAACAGUAAAGUUGAUUGAUUUUGGAUUGGCAAGGAAGAUAAGAAAUUAGUUAAUAUUUCCAACUUCAGGAACUCCAGGAUAUAUGGCUCCGGAGAUCAUUAAUUUCAAUAAAGAGAAACCCUAUGAUGAGAAGGCGGAUAUCUUUAGUCUUGGUUGUGUUCUGUAUAAAUUGUAUAGACUAUUAAUUAAUUAAAGGUUGACCGGGGAGAAUCUAUUUACCACUAAACAGGGUAAAUAAACGGUAUAUUAAUCUAAUAAAGAAGGGGGUUUCGAGUUGAAAAAGUAAUUGCAACAUCCUGAAUGCAAUUCAAAUAAAAUGGACUAAUUAUUUGUAUUAAAUGUGAUAAUCUAUAUAGAUUCUACUUCCUCACAUGUUGGAAUAAAAUCCGAUGUUGAGAUUAAAUGCCAAAGUUUGUUUGACAAUUCUGGAGGAGAUUGAAAACAACAACCUCUAAGUGGAGAGACUGAUAAAAAAGAUCUUGAUUAGAAAAUAAUUAGCCUUUAAUACAUCGGAAGAACAACAGCAAGAUAAGAAGAGUGAAGAGAAAUUGUAGAAAUGCAAGUUUAGACAAUCAAUCGAUGUCUAAUCUAAAAAGAGUUUGGAUGAAAUCUCUGUGUAUUCUAAAAAUGUCAUGUUACAAAAUUAAUAAAGGGUUAUACUUGCUCAGAAGAAAUAGCCUUGA